AUGAACCUACCAACACCUGUCACUCUUCCAUAUCAGUGCACGGACAAGUUACCCAGUCCCCUGCCUACCACCGAAGAGAUCCACAAUGCACAAGUCAAACUUUCUUCGCGAAGAGAGGUUUGGGAAAGAAGCGGCGUUUGUUCUAUCAGGGAAUAUGCUGUAAAGUAUGGCAAUAACGUCGGCGAAAAUGAGGGAAACGCGCUUCUCUUUCUGGAGAAGAACCGCGUCCUUGCCCCUCGUUUAUACGCCAUGUAUCGAGAAGCAUCCUCUGGUCAUGUCUAUUUAAUAAUGGAGCGUCUUGCUGGACACGAUCUUGAGUCUCUUUGGCCAACCCUCGAGCCUCAAGACAAGUCAUCAAUUGCGACACAACUGCGCUCAAUCUUGACCCAGAUACGAUCGAUCAGCCCACCUUCUCUUUUUGGCGGCGUCUGUGGAGGCGGUAUCCCCGAUACCAUUUUCGAAACUAAUGUCCCUGAUUCAAGGAUAAAUGGUCCGUUUCGGACAUCGUCAGAAGUAGCGUCUGCUAUAUCACUUGUUCUGCAGAACAAUGGGGGUGAAUGGAUGACUGACUAUCUCUGUCGACAUGUCCCUACUGUUCUAGGCGACUUUCCAGUCACAUUCACCCACGGUGACUUUCACAUGGGAAAUAUCAUGGUGGAGAAGACACCUGUCAGCCCCAGUCAAGAGACCAGCACACAUGGAAACGAGAAUCAAUGGAGCUAUCAAGUCACAGGCCUUGUAGAUUGGGAGUCGGCAGGAUGGUACCCUGCCUACUGGGACUAUGUUACUGCAGUUGCGCGUCCGCCGCCAGAAAAGGAUUGGCCAAAGACGGUAGAUGCCAUCCUCGAGCCAUAUCCGGCAGAGGCUUACCCAUUAUGUAGAGAUACAACAAUUGCAAUUACUGAAAUUUAG